AUGAUUCACCGCAAACGAAAGGCCGACGACGACGACGACGAGUCCAUGUCCACGUCACCAUCCCUCUCCCACCGUCCCUUGGCCCGUCCCUCGAAAAAGGUCCGAGCCAGCGAUGCCAUCGGCCGACCGCUGAGCCUAUCACGCCUGCUCGAGACCCUCGAUUCGGAACAGCUCCGUACUGUUCUGGAACGUAUAUGCGAACGUCACCCGGAUAUCGGCCAAGAGGUCGUUGCCGGUGCCCCUCGCCCGACCGUCGAGAAUGCCAUUUCCGUCCUGCAGGAGUAUCAGGAUAAGCUAAAGGCUGCUGUCCCGUACGGCGAGACAAGCCCCGAGUACAUGUACCAACGAGUCAAGGAACCCCUGGUGGCGCUCCUGAACGCCCUCUCCGACUUCACCCCUCAGUUCCUGCCUCCCAACGAGACACAGCCCUCGAGGGCCCUGGAGUACCUAGACGGUGCCACGAACUUCAUACAUCAACUCCCCGACUGGGAGCCCCACGCCUACCGGCAUCACAAGGAGAACGCAUACGAAGACAUCUCCAGAGCCUGGGCCUUGGUCAUCAACGAAGCUGCCAAGCGGGGCGGCGGUUUCAACCUCCACUCGGACGGCUGGGACGCUACCCUUCAACGUCACAACACCCGGUCAGGAGGUCGCCUGGGCCCUGCUCUGACAGCCAUGUCGGACAACAUUGGCUGGAUCUCGUCGAACAGCAACAAUGGCGGCAACGCCAACGACUCGAUCCUCAACCAGCUCAUCUCUGGAACUUACAGCUCCUCGCCCGUACGCGUGGGCCCAUGGUAA